UGUGUGCAAGGCUGCGGAAACCCUGUCGACACCUAAUUUCCACAAAGUCUCGCCUGCGUAGCAAUUCAUUCCAUCCCAAAUCACUGUUCCCCCGGGAUACCAUCCGCAUGUUAUCGCGAUUUUGACCUAGAAUUUGCAUCGGGCCGGCAUCAGCACGCCUUAGCGCUUACAUUACUGUUGAAGCAACUGCAGCACGCAACACUCUCCUAUUCUCCCACCCAAGGAUGCCUGUCGUUGGUCUGACUUCUCCACUCCAAAUAUCGAACCACCAGCUCCCAGACAUCGUCUGUGGUCUUGAGGAUGCCUGUUUGGGUAUAGAUAUUGGCAGCCAUAGCACGCGCGUCUGUAUCUGGAGAAUGCGCACGAAGGCGGAAAUCGUUGUCGAGAACCCACAUUACUAUGGCGUCGGGCGCUGUUAUACGCCCUGUGAGUUUCCGUCAGCCCUCUACGUCUUUGACGAUAUCUCUCAGAAGGUCUAUCUUCCCGACGAAGAAGACCCGGGCCGGCAAUGGGUGUCGGCAAAGUAUGUCUUCUAUCCCCUCGCAAACGUCUCAGACGCACUGCUGGAGCAAUAUCCUUUGGUCCACCACCUCAUGGAGAAAAAAGACGAGCCAGAGUUCGGUCGCCAGCUCCGCAGAGGCAUGAUCGCAUUGCUCUCUGUCCUCCGAGACGCUGCCGACGCCGUCUGUCGCGAACAUGGGCUUCUCAUCGUCAAGAUCGGCCUUACUAUACCGGUGCAGUGGGGUCUCGAGUUUGAGGAUGUCUACCGUGACCUUGUCAUGGAAGUGUUUGACAUAGAGGUUGAGCGAAUCUACUUCUUUACGGAGACAGAGGCUUUAUCGAGAUACCUAUACAAGUUCCACAGACACAGGCUUGAUCCAAACGACCAACACAAUGCGAUUCUGUUUUUUGACUUUGGAGGUCAUAACAUGAACGGUUGUCUCUUCGGCAUUGCUCGGGAUCAGGACCGUCCGGAUGGGAAUGGCUUUUUCAGAGUCGGGGGCUCCUUUGGUGCUGGCGGCGGAUCCGAGCAAUGGGAACACCACGUUGACGAAUUCGUUUCCGAUCAGUACUUCCAACAGACCGGCGUUCCUCCGCCUCCGCAUGAGCGUGAGCACUUCCUCUCCAUGUUUCGGAAUCAGAAGGGAAAGCAGACAGACUCGCGCAAAGCGAUCAGCGUCAGUUUCACCCUUCCCGACUACGCGGGUACCUGGCGAGCCACCUUGACCCUGGAGGACAUCAGCCAGGCCUGGGAGAAGGGUCUCCGUGGCCCGCUUCGUACUGCCAAACGUGAGAUAUCACGCCUUGCCGAAAAAAUGAGACAGGGGAUGGUGUCAAGGCCUCUUGUCGUCGUUUCGGGCGGCACAGUCCGCAACCCGGCUGUAAAAUCACAAAUGCUAGCCCUGUGCAACGCGAAAGAUAUUCCCGUGGUUUUCACCGAUGAAUUCAAUGUCCGCAUCACAUUUGACUCGGCCAAGGUCGCAAAAGCCGCAGCGUACGUCGUUAGCGAAACCCUUACAGUCGAGCAGUUCUUUCGCCGUGGGGCUGCCAUUGGGUUGCAAAUGCGACAGGCCCGAAAACAGGGUGAACCGAAGACGGAAUUCAGGGACUGGGAUGACUCGGGAAAUUUGUUGCUGGACACUAAUGGCCAGCACACUACCCGGAUCUCCGUAAGACGCGGUGACGAGUUCCGCCUCAUCUGCGACCCCUUUUUCGCAAGACUACCCAAUGACCAACAACAGCGCGUCGCGGCAAACAGGACGUACGACCUCGUCUACCUGGGCAAGCGGAGACGAGGGUCUUGGCUUUUCCGCCUCUCGCUGCAUGGGUCCGGCGACGAGAUGGAACUCAAGCUCGAGCAAUACUACAGCAAGAGAAUACGCAAGAGAAGACGCAUGCGUCUCAGAGAAGUAAACACCCUGUCUCUACCCCUCUACCUCGAUGGAAACAGUAGCUGCAUCCAGAUCGGCGAUAGGAGUCGCGCCAUUUCGGAAGUCGGGCUCGAUCUCCCGCCGCAGCCUCACGACUUGGGGGAGAUAGUGGCAGAUAAUUCCGACGGACAAGGUUCCGACACGGGCUCGGACUAGGAUGCCAGCCAGUGCGCAAUGAGCGAAGAUAGAAAACGAGGAUGUGUACAUCGUGAGGAAGGGUGGGAGGUGUAGGGUUCAAGCCGACCUACCGCAUUGGGGCUGGUGGGGCAAGGAGGCCUAUUCUGGUUGGCUAGCGUGUGGGUGGCGCCCACUUACCUUCUCACGGCGCAGACGGGCAUGUUGGAUCUUCUCCUUCUUCCUUUCCUUAGCUUUCGAUUAGAAGAAUCUGUGAGAGGCGAGUGGCAUCUAGGCCAGGCACGUGGCACU